AUGGCUUCCUGCAAACAUGCCGGAUGGCUUCGUGUCAUAGAGAACCGCGAUUCGAAAGAGCUCAUUAUAGAAAGAACCGAUCGACUGGGCGCUCUGGUUCGCGAAAUGCCUGAGCCAGACUUUCAGCGCCCGCUGGUUUGUCUCUUUUUGGGUACCUCAACAAAAGAUGAGGCUAUGCGGAACAUCUUUAAUCGAAAUAACAUACGCCGUGGAGAUCGAGCAAAUGUGAACCUACGGGUUGAUACGGCGUCUUUGACAAGCGACAAUCCUGUGCUUUUUGCCGACAGUAACCCCUUCCAAAUUCCUCUUUCUGAAAAGACUCACGUGUGGUGUCAUGAAACUAUGUCUCAUUCUACAACAUGGCACACAACUGCAUCACGCGCCGUCAUCGACGUUCUAUAUUCUAGACUCGUCUUCACUUUCAGCGAUGUCAUUUGCAUUUUUGCCGAUGACUUUCAGACAUUAGAAGCAAUUAUGUUGCGCUUAAUAGCGUGGACUGAGGUUCAAAAUGCUUCCUCAUUGCCUUCCGAUACGCGUCCUAGACUGCUUAUCAUUCUCUCGGAAGAUGGCAAGUUUAGCGAGGCUCGCAUAGAGGACUACCUGGCCUCAUCUAACCCUGGACGCCAACUUUCUUCAAGCUUUUCGACACUCAAGAUCUUUCAGCUAGCAGGCAAAUACCUUUCUCCAUCUACCCGCUAUCAACGGCUCCAUGCGGAGAUUCGAUAUCAUAUGGAAGAAUCGAGAGCGAUAAAAUCGAGCCUUAGGUGCCUUUUCUCCGCCACUCACCUUCUGCAUUUUUUCAACUCCGCAGUGAAGCACACGGCGCAUAACCCAGGAGAGGUAUUUGACUUUAUUAAGGUCGCGAGAGACGCAGAUCCAGUUAAAACAGAUCACCAUGUAUAUCUGCAGAAGUUUCUCAAGCUCUGCGUUCACUUCAAAAUCUCAUACAACAUGGUAGCAGCAUUUGUUGCCUCAAGCAUUAUGAUGAAUGCGUACCCGAAAAGAAUGCAUCUCUUUGACCCGUACUUGAUAUACCGUAACCUAUACAGGCCUCAUUGCAAUAAGGCAUUUCAAUUCUCCUAUGGACCACAGUGCUCUACCUAUUUGGAUCGAGAGGUUCAAGCUCAGUGUGACCGUAUAUUCGAGGCUCUAGAGGACGGAUAUACGGAUGCUGCACAGCUUCACAGAGGAACCGCUGAAAAGUAUAGCAGUUUCCUACGCCAAGUUGUGACAAACACAGUCUGUAUCUGGUGCCUUUGCCGACCUCCCGAGAGACAUUUGAGCUGCGGUCACUCAAUAUGUGAUAUAUGCGCCGCUGCGUUUGGCAUUCCUCUUCCAAAGUCGGAUACCCAAUUCCGACUAGAUUGUCUUUUCCAUGAUGGCGGAGAAUUACUAGCGAAUAUCAAACCACCAACAGCUGGAGUGAGGCUUAUAGGCAUUGAUGGCGGUGGUGCGCGGGGUGUCACGCCCCUCGAGUUCCUAGGUGAAUUACAGAAAUUACUUGGAGAAUGUCCAAUCCAUGACAUGAUUGAUCUUGCACUUGGUACAAGUUCAGGGGGCCUCACUGUACUGGCCAAAUUUCAUCAAAAGUGGCCUGUCUCCCAAUGUGCUAGUAUAUUUGAGACUCUCGCCCGUCGAUGUUUUUCAACCUCUGACUCCGCCUUGGGUCGAUUGAAAGCAGUGGUCAAGUAUAUAACUAGCGAUGCAAUGUACGACGAGCGAUUUCUGGAAGGUGCACUUCAAGAAACUUUGCCUGGACAGUUAUUUGGUUACGUCCCUGGCAUAGUAUCUGGGACAAAGGUGGCACUUACUGCGACAUCUGGGGGGAAUGCACGUUCAAUAUUCACAAACUACAACGGCUCGGCACAACCGAUGGGAUAUACAGUGGUUCGACCUGAAAACAAUCACGACGAAGCUGCAUUAUGGCAAGCAGCCCGUGCAACGACAGCAGCCCCUAUUUUCUUUAAGCCUAUCACUGUCGCCGGUCAAGAAUUUUGGGACGGUGGGCUUGGGUUUCCCAACCCUAUUGAACUAGCAAUGUGGGAGUGUUCCCGUAUCUGGGAUAAAAAUAUAUCUCACGAUGUCAUCAUCUCUCUGGGUACUGGAGAGGCCUCUAAAGGCCUACCUAGGAGAAAGACCCAUUCCCUACAGAAGUUAUGGACUUCUUUCAUGGAUUUUCUCGACGGACAUACUAGAUAUGGUGAUGUCAGAAAUGGGUUGGAUGAGCAACGCAGGCAAGACUUCUUUCGUCUGAAUACCGAGCUUCCAUUCCCAAUCCGGCUGGACGAUGUUCAAAGUAUACCGCUACAGAAAGAGCAGAUACACCUGCACCCGCCGGGUCAGCUUAUUGAAGUUGCAACAGCGCUCUUGGUUUCAAACUUUUACUUCCAGCUCGAUACAUCUCCCAUCUAUGAUGGAGGCUUCUAUUUAUGCGAAGGCUCUAUUAGGUGUCGCGGCGUCUAUAAAAAUAUAGUCAACGCUCUCAUAGCCCUCUAUCAGCCUGAGAUGGAGUUUGUUACUGCGAAUGAGACCCUCGCCUCGCUAGAUUUACAAGCCUGUGAAAUGUGCUCCCUUUACAACAGACAUGUUUCAUUUUACGUCCGACACCCUACGGAAAAUGUCACAAUAUCGCUACGGUUGGCGAAAGGCAUUGAAAGGAAGAUAAGCGGCUUUCCCAAAAAUAUGCAAUGGUUUGAGAUACAACAGGGCCUUGACUCUCCUUUCACCGGCUCUGGAAGUUCUCAGAAGAUUCGAGGCGUGUAA